AUGGCCGAACAGCCCAACGACAUGACGGUCCCAUCUACUCAAGAUAUUGAGAUGAAGGAGGAAGCUGCAGAGGUAAGACAGCUCUCGGCGGCAGACAUGUUGGAAUGCGCCGCUAACUAUCAGCAGUCCUCGGUCCACAGCAUUCCCUCUACCACAGAGCACAUCGCCGGAGCCACCGAGGAAGAGGGAGUCCUUUUCAUCAACCAGCCCUUCACCGCCGACUCGGCCGUCGCGCAAACCACCCAAACUCUUCCUCCCCCAGUCGCCCAAGCUCCCUCAGUCUCGCCAUUGCCUGCUACCGCCGCUGCGCCAAUCCCCGCGUCUCUGCCCAUCUCGGCACCCACUCCUUCGCCUGCACCUACCAGACCCUCCUCCAUCCCUCCCACAGUCUCGCUGCCACCCGAGCAGGCCCGCGAGCACGGCUCCUCUGGAAGAGUCUACCUCAACAACCUCGUCACGUACUAUCUGGAGGGCACCAAGUAUUUGAUCUUCUACCGACCCGAGAAGCCGCUGAAGUGGAUGGGUGAGUUCCUUCUGAAGCGCAGUGCUGAGAUCGAGGGAGAGUAA